AUGAUUGCAAAAAAUCUGCCGGCUGGAGUUCAAGAAGAAGAGCUGCAGCGAAUGUUUGGGAAGUUUGGUGAAGUGAGCAAAGUUUUAAUGCCUCCUGAAGGAGGCAUCAGUGCACUCGUUGUGAUGAAUAACCCCGUUGAUGCAAAGAAAGCCUUCCAAGCACUGGCGUAUUCUCGUUUCCGCACUCAACCGUUGUAUCUCGAAUGGGCUCCUGGUGAUGUGCUCGGUCAAAACUCGACGGAAAAUAAG